CAGAGAGAGAGAGAGGAGGGGCGUAGCGUAGCAGGUUGUGAGAAGUUGUUUACUUCCUUCUACUUCACAGUCCUAAUUGAGUUGAGGGAAUUGAGACAUCAUGAAGACUGAACUCAAGUCACGUUUAGACAACCCUCUUCUGACGUCAUCAAGACAGAGCGGUAUAGGUAGCCUCACCUCGGGCCCUAGGCUCUCUUCUUCAUUAGUUAAUCCUCUCCUACAGUCAAUGAGCAGUAAAUCUACUGAGAUUGGAUCAAGGUAUGCCCCUUCCAAGGAUAAGAAUGCGACGGGGUCUUACUCCAGCUUCAAGCCAGUCUCGCUCAAUCUGAAGCAAGAAUCUCUCAGCCUUCAGAGUAAUCGCCUCCUUCUUGGAUCCAAGUUGACACCUCUCACAUCCUCUUUGCUCAGCACGUCUAAAACCAGCAGUCUCCAAGGAGGCUCUUACAAAACGACCCUCUCCACAAAGUCUCCUCUCAUCAACCAGUCGACAAGUCUAGGCUCUAGCUCCUUAAAGAAACCUACAGUUACUAAUACAUUGAUAAAGCCUUCCCAGCAAAGACAAGUGAAACCAGCUGGGUUUCAGCAACCCUCUCACCUCCCUAAGAAGGCUGUUGCAGAGAACAGACAGGUUCUUAUUGAUGAGACGGUGGGGAACUUUGAAAUUCCUGAUUAUGAUUUUCACUUUGAUGUCAAAGAGAGAGAUGAUCAGUUUUGGGGACAGGAUGACGAGACUUCAUUUGAAACUGUAAAUCCUGAAUUGUUGUCGUUGAUGAUUUCAUCAGAAGAUAUCAACUCAAAGAAGAGAUCUUUUAUAAACAUGAUCAGCUCAGCAUUGAUUCACAGUCCCCAUCUUGAGUCAAGAAAGGAUGCAACAAGAACAGCUCUGAUUAAAGAAGCCAACCCAGUCAUCCUGUCAGAUCCUGAAUUCAUCCUCAAGGUUGCUUUGUAUACUCGACGUGAAUUAAACAUCCGAACUGCUGCCAACUUUCUGCUGGCCCUGGCUGCCAAUCAUCGUGAAUGUCGACCUUACAUGAAGAAAUACUUCCAGAAGUCCAUCGUUCUCCCGUCUGACUGGGCAUCUGUAGCUGACUUAUAUCUUACAUUCCACGACAAAAACCUGAGCUAUAAGUCGCUGCCUUCUGCUCUUCGUAAAGUGAUGGUUGCAAAGUUUCCUGACUUUGACACUUAUCAGUUGGGCAAAUACAACAAGACAAAAAAGAAGGCAUCUAAGAAGAAAUACAUCAAAAAGAAGAAACCACCACAGGAGAAUGAUGAGGAGGCAGACGGAGACGGGGAUGGUGAGGAAGGAGGGAGUGAGGAUGAGGCGGGUGGAGCUAAGAAGGAAGAAGCUGAAGAUGACAUCCAUGCUGAUAGCGAUGAUGAUGUUGAUCUAUGUGAUCAUUACACUCUUAAGCAGCUCAUUAGGAAGCUACACAUCAUGGAACCAGUAGAGAGUGUUAUGGGCCUCGUUGGCAAAAAGUACCCAGAAGAUCUGGAGUCUUUCUACAAGACACGCCUCCCAGGUACUUGGGACCCAGACCGUGCUGGCAAGAGAAUGAGACUUCCAACACCAGAGACCUGGGAAACACAGAUAUCGCAAACAGGAAACAAAGCCGCUACUUGGGAGCAACUUAUAGAUCAUAAGAAGCUUCCGUUUAUGGCCAUGCUGAGAAACUUGCGUAACAUGACGGUGGCCGGUGUCGGGCCCAAGUACCAGGCAUGGAUUAUCCGUAAACUUACCGAUGAGCAAACGGUGAUUAACAGCAAGCAGUUUCCAUUACGCUUCUUCUCAGCGUACGACGUACUGGACACUAUGGAACUAAAUCUGAAACAAUCUGAAGGAAUUGAAACUCCGGCAGAGCCAAGUGUGGAUGUUGGUAGAGGGCGUGGCCGUGGUGGCCAGCAAGGGCGUGGUCGAGGUCGUGCUCGAGGAAGGGGUGGACGCCAAAGUGCAGGACAAGGAAAGCGAAAAGUAGGAAAGCCAAAGGAAAUCAAAUAUACACAAGAGUUGCUGUCUCGGUAUCGUAAGGCCUUGGAUACAGCAGUAAAGAUCUCCACACGUCACAAUGUCAAGCCAAUCCGUGGGAAGACUUAUAUCUACUGUGAUGUUGGACCCAAGAUGGACACCUUUGGCUGGACUGGCUCCUCUUACUGGGAAAAGUUGAGAGAAAUGGCCAUUCUUCUAGGAUUGAUGUGUAAGCAUUCCUGCGAAGAUUGUCUGCUGACUGCUUAUGGGGUCAAUAACCAGAGGGUCAUUGAACUGGAGAAGGGUACCAUCUUAGAUAAUAUCAAGAGUGUUGUGGCAUAUGCUCAGGCUGUAGAUGGGGAUGACGUCAACUACUAUACUGCUCCACCGAGCAAACUGAGCAUGACAUCUCUCUAUGAUGCUCUUCGUGAUCGCAUCCACAUCGAUAACUUAAUCAUCCUAGGACAAGAUUACACCGAGGAAGGGACAGGAUGGGAAGAACUGGAAAAUUUUGUUGUCAAGUACAGACAGGUUGUCAAUCCAAACCUUCUGUUUGUUCGCUUGGAUUUUGAUAAAUACCAUUAUAGAAGCGAGAAGAAAAGCACUCAUCCUAACGACAUCUUAAUGAUGGGUUACAGUGAUAACAUCUUAAGAUUCAUUGCCGAAAGAGGUGACAGUGGGCAGUUGAAUCAUGUUGAGAAUAUUGAUAAGGCGUAUGGUCUCAGAGAGCUUCAGGUUGCAGCGGUGGGAUGCACAAAACAAUCUUCAGGAGCUCCUGAGAAGCCCUUACCCCUUGCUGCACCACUACAUAGAUGGAGAACAGCCAGGGUUUUCAUCUCAUCCACCUUCCGUGACAUGCACGGAGAGCGUGACCUCUUGACCCGAUAUGUGUUCCCGGAGCUGCGUGCUAGAGCUAAGAAACUAUUUCUCAACAUCUAUGAGGUUGAUCUAAGAUGGGGUGUAACUGAAGAAGAGACGAGACAAAACAGAUCCAUUGAGAUUUGUCUGACUGAAGUCUCUCGCUGUGACUACUUCAUUGGAAUGUUGGGUGACCGCUACGGUUACUGCCCGAGCACCUACACAGCACCAGAUACUGAGGAGUUUGAUUGGCUUAAAGAAUACCCCAGAGGGCGCUCUAUUACCGAGCUAGAGAUGCAACACGCAGCGUUGUGUGAUCCUUUGAGCUGUGUAGGCAAAGCGUUUUUCUACAUGCGUGAUGACACAUUUAUGAAAGACCUACCUCAAUCUUGCAUGAAUGCAUUCCAAGUAGAGACGGACUCUGCUAAAGAAAAGAUGCAGAACCUCAAACAGCUGAUUAAAGGCAGUGGACUAGAAGUCUUUGACGGAUAUCCUUGUCGCUUUGGUGGCGUAGUUGACGGUAAAGCAGUCACAACAAACUUGGAGGAGUUGGGUUUGAGAGUCGUCAACAAUCUGUGGAAUUCUUUCGUCAGGGAUUAUCCUGAAGAGGAAGCAUUCCUUGAUGAGUUGACACACGAGGGAGCCCUUCAUGAGGCGUUUGUGGAUGCUCAUGUGGCUGGUUUUAGCGGUCGUAAGACGCAGCUGAAGCAAUGUCUUGAGAUGAUUGAUUCAUGCCGAAAAGGUCUCGUUGUCAUCAGCGGAAAGAGUGGAUGUGGAAAGACCGCCCUCAUGUCGUGUCUCGCUACUCGCUACAAGAACAGGAUUGAUGAGAGAGAUGGCAAUCACGUCUUGGUUCAUCUCGUAGGAGCAGCGGUUGGAUCUGGCAAUGUCUUAGCAAUGUUACGUCGCUUGUGUCUGGAACUCAAGAAGCGUUUUGCUCUCUCUCUAUCUAUACCUGAAGACUUCAACAAACUGAUGACCAAGUUCCCAGAGUUCUUGAAGGGAGCUGCAGUGCAUUGUGGGAGCUCUCCUCUGGUGAUAUUCCUGGAUGGCUUGGAUCAGAUGGAAGAGGCUUAUCAAGCUAAGAACAUGGAAUGGUUACCAAAAGAACUCCCUAAGGAUGUGAUGUUUGUCGUCAGUACGGUUGAAGAGGGUCAAUCCCAUAAGGCAUUGCUUCGUCGUAGUCCAUCCUGUCUGAGCCUACGACCUCUUGACCUCUUGGAUAAGGCCACAGUGGUAAGGAGAAUGUUGGCUGUGCAUCGGAAAACACUGGAUGAGUCUGCAUUUAACAACCAGAUGAAGCUACUUGUCUCCAAGAGGGAAGCUAAUCUUCCUUUGUUUCUCAGCCUAGCCUGUGAAGAACUGCGUGUCUUUGGCGUCUUUGAGCAAGUAUCGGAGAGACUAAAGAGGAUGUCUCAGACCAUUAGUGCCUUGUUGCAGGAGGUCAUGCAAAGAUUAGAAGUAGACCACGGCAAAGAUCUUCUCUCUACUGCGCUCACUCUACUUGUCUGCGCCAGAGAGGGAUUGCUUGAGGAGGAGCUUCACAGUCUCCUAAGUCUACACACCCUCCUUGGAGGAGGCAAGUAUCGUCUUGAAGAUGUGAAGAAUAUUCGUCUGACGGCAGAUGGAAUGCUUCCUCAGGCUGUUUUUGCUCAAUUAAUGAGGAGUCUUAAAGGAUUCUUGAGUCCAGCUGGACAGAGCAGUGUGAAUCAUCUUAGCCUGGCUCAUGGGGAGAUCAACCAAGCUGUGAGACAGCGUUAUAUGAGAGGAGCUGGGGCAGACACAGAGGCCAGGCUACAUGCUCUACUAGCUGGUUAUUUCAUCAAAGAAGCCGACCCACUUCUGAAUGGUUCCUGGUUUGGUCAGAAGCCAAGAGCUUUCAGUGAGUUACCCUAUCAUCUAUCCCGGACAGCGGCCUACGCUGAACUCCAAACGGUGUUGUGCAGUCUGCCGUUUAUCCACGCUAAGUGUAUGCUUGGAUUGGCGUCCCAGCUAUUAGAUGACUUUAUCGGGGGAGUGACAUCGAUUGGAGGAAUAGCCAAUAGGGCUGCUGUUAGAGACAGAGAAAAGUUCUUGGCUAAGCCACAAGUACAGGAGUUCCGCUCGUUUGUUUCUCGUAACCUUCACAUCAUUUCCAACCUACCCGCCCUCACAUGGCAACAAGCAGCCAAUGAGCCAUCAGAAUCCGCUGUCUGUCAAUCAAUGAAGAAGGCAGUUGAAAGUGGGGGCGUGGCCUCAAGGCGGAGUCUUGUAGUCUGGAAGAAUAAGAGGGAGGGGCAAGAGGAUUGUGCUAUGACCAUCACUGGAUUUACUCAGGCCGUUACAUGCCUAGCCAUUUCUCUGGAUGAACAGUUUGUUGUCUGUGGAAAUAAAGACUGCACUGUCCAAUUAUUUGAACGUGAAACUGCAAAGGAGGUUCGAGGCUUUGUGGGACAUUAUGAUGCAAUAACAGAUUGCUGCUUCGUUGGCAGACAACGUCUGGUCACAGCCUCUGUUGAUACUACACUCAGCCUAUGGGACGUACACCAGGGUCACAGGAUUGCCGUUCUUAAAGAGCACAGACGUCGUGUCAGUUCAUGUUGUCAUAGUACCCGCUGCGCUAUGAUCGUCUCUGCCUCGUGGGAUUGUACGCUGAAUAUCUGGGAUGAUAGUGAUGGGAGGCUACUGGCAACCUUAAAGGAUACAACUCCACUUAACUGUGUAGCGUUUCAUCCUGAGGGAAGAUUGGUGGUGAGCGGAGGAUGGGACUCAACGAUGAAGAUAUGGCAUGUUGAAGAUAAGAAAAGAGUUGGGAUUCUACGAGGUCACAAGGCGUCUGUACGUGCCGUUGCUUACUCACCCAGUGGAGCUCAUAUCGUUUCUGCCUCCCUGGACGGAACCGUUAAGAUAUGGUCCUCAACUACUGGAACUCAGGUUGGAGGAUUAGAUGGUCAUGUGAUGCCGAUUAAUCGCAUUUCAUUCUCACCCAAUGGACGUCAGCUUGUGACGGUCAGCGAUGACCAAAGGGUCAAGGUGUGGUCUGGAAAUCUAGGCAAGAGGGUGUCCACUUUUGGGCUGGAUCGCUAUGGUAGCGCCACGGCAACGGCUAUCAGUCCAGAUGGUAUGCAGGUCUUAACUGGUUACCACAGCGGUGCCAUUAGAAUGUAUGAGACCAACAGUGGAGCUGAGAUAUGGGCGGUGACUCAUCACGAUGCAGGGGUCAAGGGGUUAAAGUGGGUCAUGACCCCAUCAGGUCAACUGGAGGUCGUAGCUGGUUGGCUUACUGGACAUGUAGAGUUGCUAUCGGCAAUGACCGGCUCUAUUAAUACAUCUCUAGCUGCUCAUAUGAAACCAGUCACAAGUCUUGCAUACAGCAGUCCUAAUCGUCUCGUUGCCGUGACGUUUGAGGAUAAUACAAUCUUUAUAUGGAGGGUUCCUUAUGAGCGCAAAGCCAAGCAGAAAAGUCUGGAACCCUAUGCUGUAAUUUAUGCCAUUGGUAAUAAAGCUGUGACAUGCUGCGGAUUUGAUAUGGAUGGUACCAGACUAGCCACAGGAACCAAAGAUAUGAGUGUCCAGAUCUGGAGUAUGGAGAGAGAUGUUCUCUUAGGCACAACGCUACGACCAAUGGCAGAGAUGCAUGCAUGUCAUAAAGACUGGGUCACUGCACUUUGCUGGUCAGACGCUUCAGAUCACUUGGUGACUGCAUCCAAUGAUUUCAUUAUUAAGCUUUGGGACAUGAAGACUAUGAAAGUCAAACAUGAAUUUAUGGGACACACCAGCGCCAUUAACUCUGUUGCCUUCAGUCAAGGUUGUGUCGUCUCAGCAUGUUUUGAUGGAUCAGUCAGAGUCUGGUCUCAUAAAGGAGUUGAGAUUACGACACUCUACGGACACAAUAGCCGUGUCAACAGCUGUGAUGUCUUUGUAGUUUCUAAACAAGCACAAGAUAUCUUUGGAGAUGUUGAGAACAAGGAGGCGGGGCAGACCAGCUGGGCGAGUAUGACGGCCACUGAAGAGUGGAAGGAUGCUCACUCAAAGAAGAAACUAGACAAAGUGGAGAUGGUUCGCUUGGAGAAUGUUGUCGUAGCAACAGCCAGUGAUGAUGCAAUGACUCACCUAUGGAAGCCGUUGCAGGGCAAUGAGAUGUCAUCUAUGAGUGGACACUCUGAUAGCGUUGUGGCCGUAGCUGUAUCAAGCAAAGGUCAUAUGAUCACAGGGUCACAUGAUAAAACAAUGAAGUUCUGGAUUCCGAAGUUGGAGGCUCAGGUCCUUUCUGCUCGUCAUAAUGGUGAGGUUACAUGUACUGCGUAUUCCAUCAAAGCAACGUAUGCCAUCUCUGCAAACAGGAAUGGUGAAGUAAUGGUCUGGAAGAUGCCUGAGAAGAAGUCUACCUCACUGACUCUACCAAAGGUUGUCUUCUCAAACAAGUUGAUGGAUAAGGCCAUCAAUGCUGUAUGCUUCUUGAGUGACACCCGGUUUGCUUUGGGGUCUGACAAUGGUAUUGUCACCGUGUGGGACAUUGACGCCCCAACCCCACCCAUGACUGCGUGGAGAGUACAACAGAGGAAAAGUAUGCAGACUGAAGGUUAUGAGAAGAGCCCAAUCACAUGUAUGACCUAUGACCCUUUGAGGGAUAACCUUUAUACAGGUCACUGGGCAGCCAUGGUAUGCUCAUUCAAGUGUGACUCCGGCAAACUACGAGCAAUCUACAAAAGAGAUGAGAAGGACUCCCCUGAUUGGAUCUUAGAUGUGAAGAUUCUAAGAGAUAACACCAUGGUAGCAACUACUGCAGCAGGAGAGAUACAACACUUCAGAAACUUGGAGUUGUUCCCUGCCUCACGAUUCACCAUCAUGAACCCAGAGGAGAAGGUUGUUGGUUACCAGCCUCCUUGCUGGGUAGCAGCCUGCGCUGGAGUAGAGUUACGCAGUGGUAAGCGGCUUGGUUUAGGCGAUGCCGGUAAGGGAAUGAAGACAGCAGUUUUAACAGUAGACUCCAUGGGAUACUUGGCAGUGUGUGACGUCACGACGCAAGAAGUUAUAUCAAAGAAAAAGGUUCACACAGAUGGAGUGAAUGACAUAGCUGUCUGUGACGAUGUCAUCUGCACUGCAUCAGAAGAUAGCGCCCUCAAGUUGUGGUCUCGUAAGAACUUGAAACAGGUGGGUCAGUUCUAUUGCCAAGCGCCUGUUACUACGGUAACGACCUCACCAAUCCCAGAAUGCAGAGAAUUUAUCUGUGGAGACAAACUUGGUAAUGUUUACUUCUUGGAAUGGUGCAGCAAAAGUUCAAGCGGAAAUUACUAAGUAAGAGUGUGAAGACACCAGGGCUAAAUUCAUGGCUCUGCUUACAUUGGACUUCCGCAUACAGUCACUUUUAUCCGCCUAUAGUGUAAGCACCAAAUUUCUGCACUAGCUGUGUAAGCAAACAAUGUUUAGCAUGGUGGAGCCAUGAAAUUAAGCCCAGUUUGUACAGCUUCCGAGAUUGUGUUUUUUAUUUCAUUGUAAGCUACUGGAAAAUAACUAUCCUUGUCAGUUUUACUUCAGUCGAGCACGUUACUAAAAUAGCAAUUUCUGAAGAGAAAGUAUAUGCAAAUUCAUUCUCACCAUUUUAUUUCUUGCAAACAUUUCUUAAACUACUCUUGUAACUUCAAACUGACAUAACUUUUCAUGUAGAAAAGAAAUCUAUUUCGUUUUGAAAUAAUAUUAAGUAAUAGUUUUUGGUUGAUUUGAAUAUUAAGUGAUUAUUUCUCAAAAUACAAAGGCUUGUAUCCAUAACAACGCGACAUUGAGUUUUCAUUCAUCAAUUUUAAAUGAAAUGUUCAACAUCCCUUCAACAAUGGUGUUUUAUACAGAAAGUUAAGAUUUUAUAUUGAGGCUUUCAGAAGGAGUUGGUUUGUAAAUAUAAUUAUUUUUGGCUUGAAAGGUUUUUUUGAACAAAAUUUAUAAGUGGAUUGUGAUAAGCAGUCGGGUUAUUAGAUAAGACGUCUGUAUGUAGAAGCCAAUAAUAAGAGUGGAAGUUUGUGAAUAUAUUUCUGUUUGUUUUAUUAUUUAAAAAAAAACAUCAGAUGUGAAUUUAACAAUGUUGGAAAUGUAUAAAUAUAUUGAUAUAUAUUGUAAGAAGGAUAGUUUGAGAUAUAUAUUUGCAAUAUUUUGUUUUAAUAAUUAUCAUGUAACUAUAUGCAGGAAAUGUUUGUGGGAUGGUCUGGUGUUUUGAGGUGGUUAAAAUAAUUAUGAAAACUUUUGCAUUUUCACUGCUUUGAAAAAUCCAGGUUGUGCCUAUAUGCAGCUUUAAGAUUUUGAAUGGUUGUGUCUUAUUUUGUAUAACUCUUGAUAAAAAAUACUCAAUUCAAACCCAGAUCAAAGUUCUAAUGGAUUGAGAGAAGUCUGUUAAACAUUUUUGUAGUCCCGCCCUGGAAGACCAAGAUCUGAAGGUCCGAGGGAUGACUGAUCUUCGUCUUGAGACAUGCAACCUUCAAAACUUCAACUUUGAUUUUCUUUAAAAUCGGUACUGGAUCAAUUGAUUUUUUUUGAUGUUUUUUUCCAUAAAAAUUAUAGCGAUGGUCAGACUUUUGUUUCAUAUUGUUAAAACUUUGGAGUAUUGAGAUAUAUUUUAAAUGAAAUUAUAUAAGAAAGUUAGAGCCAUUUCUUACAGUGUGAUUUUGAGUUUUGAAGAUUGUUUUAUUUUAAUUUUAAAUCUUAUAUCUCUCUGAUUAUCGGUAGAAAGUGCAUUAAAGAGAAUAUACAAAUUGGAAACAAAAGUGAAAUGUCAUUAGUUAUAUGUAGCUCAUAAAAAGGGACUGUCGAAGACGAGAAAGACCAAUAACUAUUUUCAAAAUUGAUGUCAUUAUUGAAAGUUUGUAUAAUGUGCGCAAAAAAGCUCAGAGUAAAAAAAACUUCUUUUAAAAAAAGUUUUAAAUAAAAA